CUCCGAUAUUCUAAUCCGGGUCACAGAAUGGCUAAGACAGCUUUAAGUGGAAGGUGGAAUUUUUCCCCUGUGUUUGUCUCCUGUUUUCAACUCUGAAAGAAUGUUGUGGCUGCUCUUUUUCUUGGUAAAUGCUAUUCGGGCUGAACUCUGUCAACCGGAUGGAGAGAAUGCCUUUAAAGUGAGACUUAGUAUCCGAACUGCUCUUGGAGAUAAAGCAUAUGUCUGGGAUACAAAUGAAGAAUAUCUUUUCAAAGCAAUGGUGGCUUUCUCCAUGAGAAAAGUUCCCAACAGAGAAAAAACAGAAAUUUCCCAUGUCCUUCUUUGCAAUGUAACCCAGAGAGUGUCAUUCUGGUUUGUGGUUACAGAUCCUUCAAAAAAUCAUACCCUUCCUGCUGUUGAAGUUCAGUCUGCCAUAAGAAUGAAUAGGAACCGGAUCAACAAUGCAUUCUUUUUGGAUGACCAUACCCUAGAAUUUUUAAAAAUUCCUUCCACUCUGGCACCACCUACAGAGCCACCUGUGCCCAUCUGGAUUAUUGUAUUUGGUGUGGUAUUUUGCAUUGUCAUAGUAGCUACUACACUACUGGUUUUAUCCGGGAUCCGGCAACGUAGAAGGAAGAACAAAGGACCAUCUGAAGUGGAUGAUACAGAAGAUAAGUGUGAAAACACAAUCACAAUUGAAAACGGCAUCCCGUGCGAUCCUCUGGACACAAAGGGAGGGCACAUUAAUGAUGUCUUCUUGACAGAGGAUGAACGGCUCACCCCUCUCUGAGAAUAACACUUGUUUCUAUGCUACUACUGAACAUCCUAAAAUAGUUUCUUUUAUAAGGAAAUUUUAAUGUGCUUGAGAGUGAUAAAUUAUACCCAUAAACUGCACUGAAAUCAUAAGAUGCCAACUAAAAUAUUUUUGAAAAUGCAGUAAGUAUAGUUACGUGGUGUUUUUAUUGAUUUAAUCAUUUAUAAGACUAAGGAAGUUGUUUUCCAGGGGAGAAUAGCUAUAACACGGUAGAGCAAUAAUUGGAAAUGAAUUCUUUUUGAAUAUUGUAUAUAUCACCUUGUAUAUGACUAAGUAAUAAAAAAUAAAAAUGGAAUGGAUAAAAAUGACAAUGUUGAUUCACAGGGUGAAAUUUUAUCCUGCUCUCAUAUUUAUGGUUGCAUGCUUAUUUUCUGAAUAUCAGCCUUUAAUAAGGCAGAUCCGUUUGUUGACUAUUUGCCAAUUUAAUAAAGCACUAAUCACCUCUUUUUGAA